AUGAAAUAUUCAACUACACUUGCUUUACUCCACCUGUUUGCAAUUGGAAUUGCAGCAUCAACCUGUGCAUCAGGUGAAAAAUCAAGCUACUUGGUAAUUGAUGGCGAAGAUAAAGAAGCUGCUAUUAAACUGUACCGUGAAAAAUAUGCCGAUGUCAAGGUUCCUGAUGGCCCAUUAAAAAUUACCAAGUGCGCUGAUGGUAGUUUGAAGAUUAAUUUUGAAGCCACCCAAGAAGAACCCGUCAAGGUUAACUGCGUUGCCGCUGAAGAGGGGGAUAAAGGUGCAGUUCCUGCAGAAGGUUUUUCCAGCGGUGAGGGUGACGGAGGGAACGAUUUUUCUAGCUUUAGCAGUUGGACAAUCAAUUGGAAUGGACCCCAUCUGAGGUUGAAUUUACCAAGUAGAGCUUCAAUGAGGUUCCCCACCUUUAAUCUAGAAGGAGCUACCGAUGAAAACAACUAG